AUGCUUGGAGGUGGAGCGGCUGGGGCUCAAGAUGGUGAGGCUUGGAAGCCAUGGCGGUGGUGCCCAAUUCAUGGGUCGGCCAAUUCUGUUGCUCCUUCGCUUUCCUACACCAUAACAAGUCCCUCAAAUUCAACACUAAGCCUUCUUCUUCGAGCUGUGGCGAGAGUAAGUGUUAACUGCGCUGGGUCCUCUUUGAGAUUGAACAAGCCGAGAGCUUCGCCUCUGUCCAAUAAUGCCCAAAUUUCGGUUUUCAAUCUUGCCACACUAAAUAUUCCUUCACAUUUGAGAUAUAUGGCUAAUUUCACUGCAGUUGGUUGCUCCAUUGCAGUAAAUUCAUCUUCCAAAUGGGAACAAAUGAGAAUCCUUGUUUUUGCUUCUGUCAUGGCAACUCUGGGACUGCAGGUCAUCUUAGAGUCUAUGCGCACCCUAUUUUUUGAUGGAGUUGAGUUCAACUUAACCAAGGAUCAUGAGCGAUGGGUUGUGGGUAGUAUGCUCGGUGUCACUCUGGUGAAAUUGCUUCUGAUGCUUUACUGUCGCACUUUCUCCAACAAAAUAGUCAAAGCCUAUUCCUAGGAUCAUUUCUUUGAUGUUGUCAUCAACAUCAUUGGUCUGGUUGCUGUGCUCCUUGCUAAUUACUUUGAUGAAUGGAUGGACCCUCUUGGAGCUAUUAUUGGUAUCUGACUUUGAUCUGAAAUAAGAGGAUGUCUUGGUCUAUGCAGCUCUUGGUAACGGCGUGAAUAGCAAAGAAUCAGUAGAUAUAGCCCAAAAAGAUCCAUGUUACACGUGAACAGUUAGCCAUAUGAUCUUAACAUCUUAUAUAUAAGUAUUUUUCAUUUGUGAAUAAUCUAUAAUGUUUCUUUUGAGUAUCAAUGGUAUUCAUGG